GGAAGGAGGUUGGGAGGAGGGAAGGGGGACGCCACCGGUCUGCGCGGUCGGCCGCUGGUCUCGGAGCCCGCGAGCGCGCGCCACUGCUUGCGUGGCCCGUACUUCCGGCCUGUGUACGGGAGGAACCCAGCCGGGCCGGCCCGUCUAGGCCCACGGUCAUUUGAGAGGCCUUGUCCCAUCAGACAGCAGUGGCAUUCUGGAGAUUAACGGAGAGACGAACUCGCCCGCCAGCGCCCCGGCGAAUCAGACUGUCAGAGAACGGGGACCAACACAGCGCCCGGAUUCUCGUCCAUUUCUGUGUCAGUUUCCCCACACGCGCGAACAUCUUUCUUCCUCCGUUUCCGGAUGAGCCAACUGCCUCCUUCCUUCGGUUGAUUGGGUUCAUCUUCUCCCCUCUCCGAGUCCGGCGUCCGGCGAGAUUUCGCGGGUUUCCCCCGGUGGGCAGAUCUUGCGUCGAAGCAGACUGACCAGAGGCGAGGCAAUGCGGUCGCUGUCAUUGCUCUCGCAGUGCCUUGUCGGCUUACUGUCUCAUGACAAGGCCGCGGCGCACUGCAGCGACAUCGUGCCCGUGAGGUACCACUCGCGCCUGCCGUCGCCGGCCGUCGAGAUCGUCCCAUCACAGAAUGUUCAUCCAUACAAGUAUGCGGGCGACAAUAUUCAAGUGCACAGCAUGAAUAUAUUCAAGGGGAAGUUUAGUGUGUACUUACUACUUGGAAAGGUGAAGGUCUAGAUUUAAUUAUCUUUUACACUAGGGCCCUUGAAAUGCCGUGAGAGUUCACUCGAGCUAGUUAAUGUUAUGAAGAAUGAGAUCCGUGAUGGGCUAUUGACAUUCAGAAACAAACGUGUUUUAGAGCUGGGCUGUGGAUAUGGGCUUCCUGGGAUACUUUCUUGCCUGAUGGUACAGCAGCUAUAUCCAUGUUUUCUCUUAAUUACUUUAACGAAGUAACCUCAGAUUUCACUUGCCAUCAGUCUCCCACAUCAUUUACCAUGGUGACUUAUAGUGAUCUAAAUGCUCUUAUAUUUCUUUACAGAGGGUGUAUAUUACUGUUUAUUGUUUCUGUUAGAUGUGUAUAGUCCCUUUUUGGUACAUCCCCAUUGUAUAAGGAGUUUCUUGCACUUUACCACACAUGUAUAUGUAAUGGCCUUUGGCCUUCGGUGAAUACUAGUUGCCCAUUAUCCAA